AUGUUGGAUGUUGUUGUGAUCGUAUUUCUAUCACUCAUUCCGAUCCUUUUGCAAAAGAUAACUGGGGAGUUAUCAUCAGAAGCAAAAAACAAAUCAAAUUCACUCUCACAAACUAGUGAUCAGUCAUCAUCGUUAAAAAAGGAAGUAGUUGUGAAACCUGAACUACAAGCAGUUAAUGUUCCAAAGACUUCUUCACCAGCGACUGAAACUGUUCAAAGUCUGAUCAAGAAAGAAGCAAUUAUUGAAAAACAACCAGUAGUAGCUGUGAAGGAACAGCAAUUGGAAAAGGCUGAGCCAGCUGUUGUCACACAAGCCACGACAGAACACCAAGAACCAGAGACAAGAGACUCUUCUUCACGAGUCACUACUAUUGAAACAAGUGACAUUGCAACAAUAGCAUCAUCCAACAACAAGGAAGCACAGACAUCCACCACAGAAUUUCAGAACAAUUUAGAUGAAUCAAAUGGAUCUUUUAUACUGAAGCCUUCCAAGAUUGUGAAAUACAUUAUUGGACCUUCAGGUUCCGUCAUCAAACAAAUAAUGAUCGAAACAAAUUCAAGAAUUGAUAUAACAGACAGGGAUGAAUCGGCUAAAUUGAUCAAAAUUAGUAGUAAUGGAUCUGAUCCAUCGUUGUUCAAUCUCCGAAAUACCUAUCACAGAAUGAUGGAAGAAUUGAACAAGUAUGGAUGGGCAUACGACGCUCAACAAGAUGAAUUUGUUGAACAUCUAACAGAGUCCAUGAAAUUAUUUAAAGAGUUGGAACAAAAGAUUAAGGAACAAUCUGAAAUCAUGUCAAAAUGCUUUGCAGAAGCGUCUGAAGCUUUCCAGAGAGGUGAGAAGGCACUUGCAUCACAAUUGAGUGAAGAAGGAAAACAGGCUCAAGAAUUGAUGAAGCAAUAUCAAAGUGAAAGUGCACACACCAUGUUCGAACAUUUAAAUAAGGACAGAACAGAGGAUGAAAUUGAUUUACAUGGACAAUAUGUUGAUUUUGCAAUGAAAUUCUUGAAAGAGAGAAUUGACAAAUUGAAACAGCAAAACAAGACAGAACUUACCAUCAUUUAUGGAGCUGGUAAUCAUUCAGAUGAGAAUGGACCAAAAAUCAAACCUGCUGUGUUGAAAUAUUUGGGUGAAGUGCAAAUGAAAUACGAGGAAAAAACGCAAGGAAGUAUUUUAGCGUUUCUUCAAUAA